GGCUUUGGAAAGCCUCUUGCAAAGAAAGCCCAAAACCGUCAAAAUACACUACCAGGCAAACGCGGCCUUCUCUCUCGCUCCACCGAACUCCCAUCACUCUCUCUCUCUCCUCAGAUUUCUCUCUCUACCCGCCUUCCCCUUUUCAAAAAACAACAAAUACCACCACCACCACACCGUUUCCCCCACUAUUCCACGCACUCCCCAAAAAAAUCCACAGCCAAGGAAACCUCUUCAAUGGACGAAGAAGGCGACCCAGUGAACUUCUUCAUGACCCUCGACUGCUGGCCCCAAUCCCCGUCCCAGCCCCCCGACGACGACACCUCCGAGACCUUCAUGCUGGGCUUCACCAUCGCCAACAUCGUCGGCCUACAGUACUACUCCGGCCGGAUCAGCGGCCGCGAGAUGGUCGGCCUAGUCCGCGAGCCCCUCAACCCUUACGACACCAACGCGAUCAAGGUGCUCAACACUAGAACCCUCCAGGUCGGCCACAUCGAGCAGUCGGUGGCUAAGGUUCUUUCCCCCUUGAUCGAUGAGAAUCUCAUUUCUGUCGAGGGCAUUGUUCCCAAAACGCCUAAUAGGGGUUUCCGCUACAAGAUUCCGGUCCAGGUGCACGUGUUUGCUCGGCGGGAGGCGUUUUCAUUUGUCCAAUCUGCGAUUUCGUUAGGUGGGUUGCAGUUGAUUUCGAAUGAGGAGGCGGGGUUUGGGUUAUCGGAGGCGGUAGUGGUGAAGGAGAGGAGGAGUGAGGAUGGGAGGAGUUUGGAUGAUAUAUUUAAGUUGGUUGAUGAGAAUGUGAGGAGGAAGGGGGCAAUGGAGGUGGUGGAGCCGCCUACAGAGGUUAUAAAAUCAGAGCUUUUUGUGCACCAAAAGGAAGCUCUGGGGUGGAUGGUUAAUAGGGAGAAUGGUUGCGAAUUGCCACCUUUUUGGGAGGAGAGAGAUGGGGGUUAUGUCAAUGUGUUGACGAAUUAUCAGACCGAUACACGACCACAACCAAUAAGGGGUGGGAUAUUCGCCGAUGACAUGGGAUUGGGUAAGACUCUCACAUUGCUUUCUUUGAUUGCUUUCGAUAGGUAUGGUAGUGGUAGUGUUAUUCCCUCUUCAAUUGAUGGUGGUAGAGUAAAUGUAGAACAGUGUGAGGAAAUAGGUGAAGGGAAUGAUGGAUUGGUUGUUUCGGGCAGCAGAAAGGCGAAGCGGGGGAGGGAGAGUAAAAAUUAUAGCAAGUCACGGAAGAAAAGGAAAACUGUAGAUACCCAUUUGGAAAAAAUGUUGGAAAGAGGUACUCCGACUGGAUCUUCAGUUUCGAAAACGACGUUGAUUGUUUGUCCUCCAUCUGUAUUUUCAACAUGGGUGACACAGUUAGGGGAACACACUAGACCAGGAAGGUUGAAGGUGUACAUGUAUUACGGAGAACGGACUUCCGACGAAGAGGAGCUUCAGAAGUAUGAUAUAGUUUUGACAACUUAUAGCACUUUAGCUAGUGAAGAAAAUUGGCCUGAUUCACCUAUGAAGAAGAUUGAGUGGUGGCGAAUCAUACUGGAUGAGGCUCAUGUAAUUAAGAAUGUCAAUGCUCAGCAGAGCCGGGCUGUCACUAGCUUGAAUGCCAAGAGGAGGUGGGUUGUAACGGGGACACCUAUACAAAAUGGCUCGGUGGACUUAUUCUCUCUCAUGGCUUUUUUGAGGUUCGAGCCAUUCUCAAUUAAAAGCUAUUGGAAUAGCUUGGUUCAGAGGCCACUUGCUCAGGGAAAUGAGAAGGGUCUCUUGCGGUUGCAAGUGCUAAUGGCAACCAUUUCUUUGAGGAGAACAAAAGAUAAGGGUUUAAUUGGCUUGCCACCUAAAACCGUCGAGACUUGUUUUGUGGAACUUUCUGCAGAAGAACGUGAGUUGUAUGACAGGAUGGAAAGUGAGGCAAAGAGUGUUGUCCGAAACUAUAUACACACUGGUAGUGUGACUAGAAAUUACUCAACUGUGCUUAGCAUACUUUUACGGCUUCGUCAGAUUUGUACAGAUUUAGCCUUGUGCCCUUCAGAUCUCAAAUUAUUGCUUCCAUCUAACAAUAUUGAAGAUGUAUCCAACAAUCCAGAAUUGCUGACAAAGCUGGUUUCAUUGCUCCAAGAUGGGGAGGACUUAGACUGCCCAAUUUGUAUUGCUCCUCCUACAGAUAUUGUUAUCACAUGUUGUGCUCACAUCUUCUGUCGAUCCUGCAUCUUAAAGACCCUCAAACGGACCAAACCUUGCUGCCCCUUAUGCCGCCAUCCAUUGUCAGAGUCUGACCUCUUCUCCUCCCCACCGGAACCUUCUGACACAGACAAUUCCAGAGCCUCCGAAUGUAUAACAUCUUCCAAAGUUUCUGCUCUCUUGAAACUUCUAUCAGCAUCAAGGGAUCAGAACCCAAGCACGAAAUCAGUCGUUUUUUCCCAAUUUCGGAAGAUGCUGAUUUUGCUUGAAGAACCGCUAAAAACAGCUGGGUUCAAGAUUCUGCGCUUAGAUGGGUCAAUGAAUGCAAAAAGAAGAGCUCAAGCAAUCCAAGAAUUCGGACUCCUUGCACCGGACGGACCCACAGUUUUACUAGCAAGCCUGAAAGCUUCAGGGGUUGGUAUAAAUCUUACUGCUGCUUCUAGGGUGUACCUGUUGGAACCAUGGUGGAACCCUGCCGUUGAGGAGCAGGCUAUGGACCGGGUCCACAGGAUUGGACAGAAAGAGGAUGUUAAGAUUGUGAGGAUGAUUGCUCAAAAUAGCAUUGAAGAGAGGAUUUUGGAAUUGCAGGAGAAAAAGAAGAAACUUGCAAGAGAAGCUUUCGGAAGGAAGGGCCCAAAGGAUAGGAGGGAUGUUAGUGUAGAUGAUCUCCGGACCCUAAUGUCCUUGUGAGUUACCCGUACUCUUGCAUAAAAUACUUCUAAACUUGCAUGUUAUAUGCGCAGUUUGUAAUUUUGUGUAAGUUACAAUCUACGCAAAGCUUUUGUACCUCUCUGGUAUUAGGUGUGCACAUCUUUCAACACAUACAAAAUGUGGCAUAUGUAAUAUGACCUCUUUUGAACUUUCCGACUUACCUUUUAUCACUGGUGGGAAAGGAAGAAUGUCAAAAAAUGGAUUUGAAAUAAGUCA